UCUAAAUACUGUAAAAUUACUUAACAAUUUGCAUUUGAUCGAAAAAUCCUGGGCAGCUCUUGUAAUUUACGAUUUCAAUUGGCGAAUUUUUCGGAAUUGAUUAAUUAUUGCUCCACAAAACAAAAUAAGUUUUCUGCAAUCGCUGUGCGAAGAUUUAUAUCGUAGCUACGUUCUGGCCGGAAUCUAUUUUCUACUUGCUCGUGAAGUUAUAGUGCAAUGAAUCCUAUGCGAUCGACAACUUUCCGGAGCGGUGAGGAGUCAAGAUCAACACGUAACGAAGAUCACAAUACUUUAGCAAUUUUACGUUCAAGAACCGAAGAAGAGAAGCAAAGGCGCAGACGAGAAUGGCAACGCCAGCAAGAGCGAGAGAGACAACAUGAAAAAUUGAAGCAGCAAAAAAUUUUAGAAUAUGAAAGGAAACGUGCACAAGCUUUAAAAUAUGCUGAGGAAAAAUCCCCGCGUCACAGUCAAAGUAAAAGUAGUAGUGAAUCUCCCUCGCAUGUUCGAUACAGAGGUAGAUCUACAUCAACUGCUUCUAAAUCUGGUACCCUCCAUGAAAAAUUAGAUGGGUCUACAAGUGGAACAGUACCUUUAUUUAGAGGUCCUCAGAAUGCACAGAUUGAUACUUCGGAACUACGUCGAAUUAAAGUUGAUAUUCAUAGAAAUAUUCCUAUAAAAGGACCUGUUACCGAAUUAGAAAGAGAUAUACUUAAUCCUGAAGAUGUGAUCGUCAAAAGAAGAGAGGGAGAGGGAUGUAAACCAAUAUUCGAUAGGGAAGAAUUUAAAAAGGUUAUAAACAAGACUAACGAAAUAGAAGAACGACGCACAGUUGUAGCCAUAGAUAAAGAACAAUCGGCCUUGACAAUCAAGUCACGUUCUUUGAGGAAACGUUCUUUAUCCUUGAGUCCUAUUAGGAAUCGUGUCUAUUCUGGAUAUCCAUCUUCCUAUCAAUCCAGUCAUCGCGUGGAUUUGAAACAUCAGGAUAAGACAGAAAAAUGUGAUACUCGUAAAGAUGAUGGGAGAAGCGAUUUAGAGAAACGCAGAGAAUAUAAAGAGAAAUAUACCGAAAGAGAUGGCGCAAAUAAGCAUGAUAAUAAUCGAUCGCAUUCUAGAGAACGUAACUCACAUUCCAGGCCAUUUAUUGAAGAGAGAUCUUAUCGCGACAGAUAUCGUGAAAGAUCGAAUGAACGUUCUUAUGAAAGAAGAGAUAGAGAUAGGGAGAGAAACAGAGAAAGAGAUAGGAAUAGAGAGAGAACUAAAACUAGAGAUAGGUCCAGGGAACGAAGAGAUAUAACGCCACGUUAUAUCGAAUCGCCAAUACCUGUACCUAUCUAUUAUGGUAGUUUUCCUCCGAGACCUAUCGUAGUAGGCCCUAUGGUUCCAUUAAGAGGACAAAUUCCUCCUAUGGGAAGAGGCAGACAUCCUACUUUAAUGGCACAAGUUAGACCAUUUCCACCAAGAUUUCCUCCAGAUAUAUACAGAUUGGGACAUCCACCUCCAAAUCCAAGAUACGGACCAUUUUGAAAUGGUGGAUAUCUUUAUACAUUAUCGAGAACAUUUUAUGAAGACAAUAUCAAUAUGUAAUAUAUUUUAAUAUUUGCUAUAUAUUUGUGAGGACCUAUUGGAUAAUAAUAAUGGAUUUUUCAGAUA